CAAAGAUUCAAUCUUUAUUUUCUUGAAUUUUCAAGAACCAAGAAAAGAGAAGAUUUUUAGAAGAAGAAGAAAAAAUGCAGGAUCCAGCAGCUUAUUACCAGACGAUGAUGGCGAAACAACAACAACAACCACAAUUUGCAGAGCAAGAACAGCUAAAGUGUCCACGCUGUGACUCACCCAACACAAAGUUCUGUUACUACAACAACUACAAUCUCUCACAGCCUCGUCACUUUUGCAAAAGCUGCCGUCGUUACUGGACUAAAGGCGGCGCUCUACGUAACGUCCCCGUCGGUGGUGGCUCUCGCAAGAACGCCACCAAACGAUCCACUUCUUCUUCUUCUUCAUCUUCCCCUGCUCCUUCUUCAAACACGAACAAGAAGACUAAAAACCCGGAUCCGGAUCCUGAUCAACAACAAAACCCGGAUUUGGAUCCGACCCGGAUGCUUUACGGGUUCCCGAUCGGUGACCAGGACGUGAAAGGUAUGGAGAUUGGUGGGAGCUUCAGCUCCCUUUUGGCUUCUAAUAUGCAGCUUGGUCUUGGUGGUGGGAUCUUGCUUGACGGGUCGGGCUGGGAUCAUCAUCCUGGUAUGGGUUUGGGUUUGAGGAGAUCCGAACCGGGUGGUAAUAAUAACACUAACCCGUGGACCGAUCUUGCCAUGAACAGAGUCGAGAAAAACUGAAAUGACUAAAGAAGAAGAGAGAGAGAGAGGUGUGAUGAGUGACUCAGUCAGAGACAAGAGAGUUCAUCACGUAGACAAAUGAACAGUAGUUACCAUGUUUAUGUCAUUUUGGUAAUAUUAUUAUUAUUAUUACUAUUAUUCCUCCUUUUAUAUAUUCCUUACUCUCUUUUAAUUCUAUUUAUAUUAAUCGGGUCUGUUUAAUUUUCAAUCUUUGUGUAAUAGAAUGAGAGAACUCUGAUCUGAUGAACAACAUUAAUCUCUGUUUUUGUUUCCUUUUAAAAUGUUUAGUAGAAUGCUAGAA